CUUUUUUUUUCUUUCAUGGCCGAACAGACUGACUGAUCCUUUCAUUUCCUGAGAGGCCAUCCCCUUUACCAAAAUUUGAAAUUAGAUUUUGAUUAAAAUAAAUGGUUCGUGUUCGUGUUGGUCUUAGACAUAAAAUUCAACGAAGAAUUAUAAUCUUUAGACGGUGCAUUCUGCGCGCAUGGAACCAAAUCAAAAGCUGUUCAUUAGGUAAGCCUAUUCAAUAUCAAGUGUUCCAACAUCCUGUGGCCGCCUCGUCUCCGGUCACCGCCAGCGAAUUCACCUCGGGAAGCGCGUCUCCCCCUUCUCCUCCUCUUCCUCCUCCACCUCCUCCGGUACAUAAUCGUGAUUGUGAUCAUGGUCAGCUUAAAGAUUCUGAUUUGGUUGCAUUGAAAAUUAGUCUCGUGGGUGAUUGCCAGAUUGGAAAAACUAGUUUCUUGGCAAAAUAUGUGGGAAAUGAAACAUUGGAAGAGAAGGGAUCAACGGUGAAAGAUGGAAUGAAUGUAAUGGAUAAGACAUUAAUGAUUGAAGGUGCAAGAAUUUCUUUUAGUCUUUGGGAAGUUAGGGGCGAUCAUGAAGGAUACAAGCAGCAAAUGCCUCUAGCUUGCAAGGAUUCUGUUGCAAUAUUAAUAAUGUUUGAUCUAACAAGUCGAGUCACAUUAAACAGUGUUAUAAGCUGGUAUCAAGAAGCAAGGAAAUGGAAUCAGAAUGCAAUUCCAAUUAUUAUAGGAACCAAGUUUGACGAAUUCAUUCAACUUCCCAUAGAUCUGCAGUGGACAAUUGCAAGCCAGGCAAGAGGAUAUGCUAAAGCUGUGAAUGCAACACUCUUCUUUUCAAGUGCAACCUACAACAUUAAUGUAAACAAGAUCUUCAAAUUUAUAAUUGCAAAGCUUUUCGACCUACCAUGGACUCCGGAGCGAAAUCUCACUAUUGGCGAGCCUAUUAUUGAUUUCUGAAGCUGAAUUUAUAUAGCACAAGCCAUCCUUGAAGUCCGGCAAAGUAAUCACAAGCCGACCGGACACUGGAAUUAUUGCUUUUCUGUUAUACCAGUGGUUUUACGAGUUGUUGCCUUUGCCGUUCUGUUGAGAGAACUUUUCUUCUUGUACUAAUAACAUCUAUUGAUGCUCAGCAACUGUAGAAAAAUUUGCCAAAAAAUAGAGAAUAGGGCAAUUUUUGCUGCUCUAUCCAA